GCGUAGAAAAAGUUUUCAUCAACAGCCGCCAUUUUGCGCUGGAGAGACUGAGAAGAAUUUCGGAAUUUGUCGUGUAAAUUUUCUGUUUUUUCUUACAUCAUUUUAUCAUAAACUAUACCAUUCCGUGCAUUUUAAAGUGUUAAGUGAAAUCGUGUUGUUGGAUCGCUAAAAUAAGUUCUAUAAAGUGGCAAAAAUCUGGUGAUAUUGUUUUCAUUCAUUGUGCUAGUUCCGACGGAAGAUGGUGAGAGGGUCUGUGUAGCUCUUCGAUUCGGAGCUUUGUAAUGGCGAAUACUUAGUGAGAAUUUGUAAUAUGUGCCUUCAAUGGUGCGAAGGACAUCGAACGAUCGGGAUGUGGGUGAAUUACAUUAUAAUGGAUGACAAAUCGCUUUAAAAUGUUAUUUCUUGAAAAUAUAAGACAUAAAAGUGUUCUUUGAAUCGGCGGGCCGAAUAUUGACGACGGCUUACGUUUAGUAAACAGAGCCAUGGCCGAUCAUCAUGUGGAUGAACCGCCGAACAAGCGGGCUAAAAUGAUCCGGGACCCUUUCCAGGGUCCCUCGGACGCCGCAGAUGGGUUUUCUAACCUUGACAUGUUCGACCUCGAGAACAACCUCCCAGACGAGCUCAUGGGGGGCUCGUGGGGCGAACAGACCGGCGUGCCGGGCCCCAAGCCCCCCGCGCAGGGCCCAGGGCCCGGGGGGCAGAUGGCCCCGCAGCAGCUCAAUGGAGACGAUCCCACUGCUGCAAUGCAGCGGCAAGUUCACAAUCACCUUAUACAACAAGGCAAGGCUGGCUUAGUUGGCCACAACAACCCGCUUGGAUUGGGUAGUUUAGGCAGCAAGAGUCCAAAUUUACAGUCUCCCCCUAAUGUUUCCGUGUCGAAGGACAUGAUGGGUGGCAUGCACCCACAACUAAUGCCAAAUACAAGUCAUCCAAAUCAACUACAUUCGACCAUGCCGAUGAACUCUAUUCAAGGUGGUAUGGUGGCAAAUGUAGGAGGCAAUAUGAUAGUGACUAAUAGUAAUAUGACCGGUGCUGGGAUGCUCGGGAGCGGCAUCAUCAACAACGUCAACAAACAGCUCCCGCUCAUGGGCAAUAACCAUCACGGGCCGCAGCACCAUCCGCACGCGCAGGCGAUGGGCAACGGCCCUUUGGGCGGGCGCGUGAACGCCCUGGCGCCGGCGAUGCGCGGCGCGCUGCCGCACCACGCGCGCAUGUCGGCGCCGAGCGGCGGCCACCCCAUCGCGCCCUACCACCCCGCGUACGGCACGUCGCCCGGCGCGCCCGGCGUGCAGCCGCAGCGGCCGCAGGGGCUGCGCUUCGGCGCGCCCGAGCAGCAGGGCGGCCAGGCGCCGCAGGCCGUGCCGCCCGCGCCCAGCCCGCAGACCCCCGGCGCGCCCGCCGGCGGACAGAGCCAGCCGCAGGCCGCCACACAAGGUGCGGCGCCGCCCGGUCCCGGCGGCCCCCAACAGGCGCCCUCGGGCUCCAUCGCGGACCCGGAGAAGCGCAAGCUCAUCCAGCAACAACUGGUGCUGCUGUUGCACGCGCACAAGUGCCAGCGCCGGGAGUCGCAGAACAACGGCGAGAUCUGGCAGUGCACGCUACCCCACUGCAAGACCAUGAAGGGUGUGCUCAACCAUAUGAUGUCUUGUCAAGCCGGCAAGAACUGCGCAGUGCCUCACUGCUCGUCGUCUCGACAAAUCAUAAACCACUGGAAACAUUGCAAUAAAAAUGACUGCCCCGUCUGCCUGCCCCUCAAACAGGCGGACCGGUCUAGAAAUAAUACACAAAUUAAUGCAGCCGCCUCCGCGCCGCACACGGGCGCGGCGCCCCCGGGCGUGGGUGCGGGGGUAGCGGGGGUGGCGGCGGCGGGCCCGGCACCCCCGCAGCCGGCGCCGGACAUGAAGCGCGCGUACGAGGCGCUGGGCAUCGCGUGCCCCACCAGCGUGGCCAUGUUCCCGCGCGCGCGCCUGCCCGGCCAGGUCGGCGUGCGCCCGCCGCUCACCGACGUGCAGCCCGGCCAGGGCCCCAUGCAGCAGCUCUUCCAGCACAACAUGCCCGACUCCAUGCAGCACCAGCAGCUGAUGGGAGCCGGCACAAUACAACUUCCCGGCGGCCCCGUCACCGCCAACCCCGUCUCUGGCACGAAGGAGUGGCACCAGUCUAUAACAGCCGAUCUCAGAAACCAUCUUGUUCAUAAACUGGUGCAAGCUAUCUUCCCAACGCCGGACCCCACAGCAAUGUUAGAUAAGAGAAUGCACAACCUAGUAGCGUACGCGAGGAAAGUCGAAGGCGACAUGUACGAGAUGGCCAGCACGCGCUCCGAGUACUACCACCUGCUGGCCGAGAAGAUAUACAAGAUACAGAAGGAGCUAGAAGAGAAGAGACAGAAGAGGAAGGAGCAGCAGUUACAAGCGCAGCAGCAGGGGCUGCAGCAGCCCGGCAUGCCUCCUGGUGGCAAGGUGAUGGCAGGCGCGCGGCCGCUGGGCCCGGGCGCGGGGCAGGCGGCGGGCCCGGGCGCCGGGCUGCCGCGGGCGGGCGCGCCGCUGGGCAUGCGCAUCCCGUCGCCCGGCAUGGGCGGGCUGCUGGCGGGCGGCCGCAUGGCGUUCCCCGCCGCGCCGCCCGGCCCCUCCCCCGGCCUGCCGCCCACGCCCAACGGCGCGCAGCCCGGCAUGUCGCCCUUCCAGGCCAUGGCCUCGCCCGCGCCGCCCUCCGUGCCCGCCCCGACCACCCCCGCCGUCGCCGCGCCGCAGUACGCGCCCGUGCAGACCAACGGGCCUGCGCUCGCGCAAGACCCCGCCCAGCAGCAGCAGCAGCAGCAGCAGCACCAGGUGCAAGCCGACCAAGCCAAGAUGCGACUAUCUGGCGGUCCGGCCGCCAGCCCCUUCAUGAACCACACGUUCGGGCGGGCGUCCCCCUCGCCGGGUGGGGUGGGGGUGGGGGUGGGGGUGAGCGUGCCUCCCCCCGCCACGCCGAGCACGCCGGCGCCGCCCACGCCCGCGCCCGCGCCGUCGCCGCCGCCCGACCCGGCGCCCGACGUGCGCGUCAAGGAGGAGCCCGCCGACCCCGACGCCGGCGGCAAGAACAUGCGCGACGACCCCGCCGACUCCGCCUCCGCCGCCGCCGCCGCCGGACCCCAGCCUCAGACCAAUGACGCCUUCGCCCCCGUCAAGCAGGAGAUGAAGCAAGAGAUUAAGACGGAGGUUAAAGAGGAGCCAGUGGAAGCCACGGGCAGCGUCGAAACGACCAGCGGUCCGAAGCGCAUAUUCGUGUUCAAACCCGAAGACCUACGCCAAGCGCUAAUGCCGACGCUAGAGAAACUAUUCCGCCUCGACGAGUCCGCGCCCUUCCGCCAGCCGGUGGAUGCGCAGGCCCUCGGCAUACCCGACUACUUCGACAUCGUCACCAAGCCCAUAGAUCUGUCCACCAUCAAGAUGAAACUCGACCGCGGCGAGUACAAGGACCCCUGGGAGUACGUCGACGAUGUCUGGCUCAUGUUCGAUAACGCGUGGCUUUAUAAUAGGAAGAAUUCGAGGGUCUACAGAUAUUGUACAAAGCUGUCGGAGGUGUUCGAGCAGGAGAUCGACCCGGUGAUGCAGAGCUUGGGCUACUGCUGCGGGCGGAAGUACACCUUCAACCCGCAGGUGCUGUGCUGCUACGGCAAGCAGCUCUGCACCAUCCCGAGGGACGCCAAGUACUUCAGCUACCAGAACAGUCUAAAAGCGUAUGGGGUUGUGUCCGAUAGAUACACCUUCUGCCAGAAAUGCUUCAACGACAUCCAGGGUGACACCGUCACGCUCGGCGACGAUCCCAUGCAGACGCAAACAGCGAUCAAAAAGGAUCAGUUCAAAGAGAUGAAGAACGACCAUCUGGAGCAAGAGCCAUUCGUAGUCUGCAUGGACUGCGGUCGGAAGCAGCACCAGAUCUGCGUGCUGCACCACGACUCCAUCUGGCCCCAGGGCUUCUGCUGUGAUAACUGCCUCAAGAAGAAGGGGGCGAAGAGAAAAGAUAACAAGUUCUGUGCUAAGAGGCUGCCCUCCUCCAAGCUCGGCCAGUAUAUAGAGACUAGAGUCAACAACUUCCUUAAGAAGAAAGAGGCCGGGUCGGGAGAGGUGCAUAUCAGGGUGGUGGCGUCGUCGGAUAAGAUGGUGGAAGUGAAGCCCGGCAUGCGCUCGAGGUUCGUGGACUCGGGCGAGCUGUGCGCCGAGUUCCCGUACCGGGCCAAGGCAUUGUUCGCAUUUGAGGAGGUCGACGGCGUCGACGUCUGCUUCUUUGGAAUGCAUGUUCAGGAAUACGGGAGCGAAAGUCCAUCACCGAACACGAGGCGCGUUUACAUAGCAUAUCUAGACUCGGUACACUUCUUCAACCCGCAGCAAUACCGGACGGCGGUGUACCACGAGAUACUAUUAGGUUACUUAGACUACGCCAAGCAACUCGGCUACACAAUGGCCCACAUCUGGGCCUGUCCGCCCUCAGAGGGUGACGACUACAUUUUCCACUGCCAUCCGCCUGAGCAAAAAAUACCCAAACCCAAAAGACUACAGGAGUGGUACAAGAAAAUGUUAGACAAGGGUAUUAUAGAGAGGAUAAUUUUAGACUACAAGGAUAUUCUUAAGCAAGCGAUGGAGGACAGUAUCUCGUCGGCGGCGGAGCUGCCGUAUUUCGAGGGGGACUUCUGGCCGAACGUGCUAGAGGAGUCCAUUAAGGAGCUCGAUCAGGAGGAAGAGGAGAAGAGAAAACAGGCUGAAGCCGCUGAGGCAGUGAUAUUCCAGUCGUCGGAGGACAACGAGGCAGGUCCCGACGGCAAGAAGAAGGGCCAGAAGAAAGCCAAGAAGUCGAACAAGUCGAAGGCGGCGCAGAGGAAGAACAGCAAGAAACAGAGCGACCAGCAGCAGGGCAGCGACCUCAGUGCGAAGAUAUUCGCGACGAUGGAGAAACACAAGGAGGUGUUCUUCGUCAUUAGGCUACAUUCCGCGCAGUCUGCUGCCAGCUUAGCGCCGAUCGGGGACCCCGACCCGCUGGUGAACUGCGAUCUCAUGGACGGCCGCGACGCCUUCCUCACCAUGGCGCGCGACCGCCACUACGAGUUCUCCUCCACGCGGCGCGCGCGCUUCUCCACGCUCUGCAUGCUCUACGAGCUGCACAACCAGGGCCAGGACAAGUUCGUCUACACCUGCAACUCGUGCAAGUCGCACGUCGAGACGCGCUACCACUGCACCGUCUGCGACGACUUCGACCUCUGCGUGCCCUGCUACGAGAAGGAGGGCCACCCGCACCGUAUGGAGAAGCUCGGACUCGACAUCGACGUCGGCUCCUCCCCCGGCGACAUGAAGCAGGCCAACCCGCAGGAGGCGCGCAAGCUCUCCAUCCAGCGCUGCAUCCAGUCCCUAGUGCACGCGUGCCAGUGCCGCGACGCAAACUGCCGCCUGCCCUCGUGCCAGAAGAUGAAGCGCGUCGUCGCGCACACCAAGAUCUGCAAGCGGAAGACGAAGGGCGACUGCCCGAUCUGCAAGCAGCUGAUCGCGCUGUGCUGCUACCACGCGAAGCACUGCCAGGAGACCAAGUGCUCGGUGCCGUUCUGCUCGAGCAUCAAGCAGAAGCUGAAGCAGCAGCAGGUGCAGCAGCGCGUGCAGCAGCAGCAGCUGCUGCGGCGGCGCAUGGCGGCCAUGAACACGCGCGGCAUGCCCCCCUCCGGCCCCAGCCCGCCGCCCGCGCCGGCGCUGGGCUCGCCGCCGCCCUCCAAGCCGCAGCCGCACGCGCUGCCCCACAACGUGCAGAAGGCGCUCCAGCAGGUGCAGGAAGAGGCGGCGCGGCAGCAGGCGCCGUCGUACGGCAAGCAGGCGGCCGCGGGCGCGCCGCGCGGCGCCGACUGGGCCGCGCGCUACCGCGCCGCCCAGCCGCCGCCGCUGCACCACCCGCUGCACCCGAGGCACGUGCACCCGGCCGUGCACCACCACCCCGCCGCGCUGCAGCAGCACCAGCACCUCGCCUCGCUGCAGCACCACACGCCGUUACAGCAACAGGCACAACAGCAGCAGCAGCAACAACAAGCGCAGCAGCAGCAGGUCGUGCAGCAGCAGCAGCAGCAGGCGGCGGCGCGGGUGGGCGCGGUGGCGGGCGCGGCCGGGGCGGGCGGCGCGGCGCCGCAGAUGCACCAGAAGGCGCUGCAGCAGCUCAUGGCCACGCUGCGCUCGCCCACCAGCCACAACCAGCAGCAGGAGAUCCUGCAGAUACUCAAGUCCAACCCGCCGCUCAUGGCCGCCUUCAUCAAGCAGCGACAGAACGCCCAGAACCAGCAAGCGGCUGGCAACGUGGGCGGCGUGGGCAACGUGAGCGGCGUCGGUGUCGGCGGCGGAGUCGGCGUCGGCUCGCUCGGCGUCGGCGCGCAGCAGCCGCUGCAGCACAUGAUGCAGCAGCCGCGCAUGCAGCCCAUGCAUCAGAUGCUGCCCCAGCAAGGACAGGUCGGCGGUCCCCCCGGAGGCGUCGGCGUGGGCUCGGUGGGGCCGGGCAUGGGCCCGGGGCCGGGCAUGGCGCACGGCGCGGGCUGGCUGCGCUCGGGCGUGGCGGCGGGCGUGGCGGCGGCGGGCGCGGUGCGGCCGUACGGCGUGCGGCACGGCGCGCGCUACUUCGGCGCCGGCGCGCUGCCGCGCAGCCCGCCCGCCUCCUCCCCGCGGCCGGCGGGCGAGCUGCUGCUGCUGCGGCAGUCGCCGGCGCCGCCGCAGCCGCACCCGCCGGACGAGCAGCUGCCGCCGAUGACGCCGCAGGACCAGCUGACCAAGUUCGUCGAACAGUUGUAGUGUACAUAGUGCCGCGCCCUGUAAAUAUAGCCGGCGCCCUAAGCCCGCCCCCGCCCUAUUUAUUUACGAUGAAAUUAUCGUUAGCGACGACUAAAUUAAGUAUUAUGAACGAAUCGAGCGCUCAAUGUACAAAUUGUAAAUAUGAG